GGGGUCGCUGUCACGGGCCGGAUCCCCGGCUCGGCCUCUCCGGGCGCGGCCGGAGCCGGGGGCCUGAAGAGAACCGUGUUGUCGUGUCCCCCGCAGCGCAGCGCGGUCCGGCCCGGCCCUGCCCUGCCCGCCAUGAGGCCGCAGCAGGCGCCCGUGUCCGGCAAGGUCUUCAUACAGCGGGACUACAGCAGCGGCACCCGGUGCCAGUUCCAGACCAAGUUCCCAGCCGAGUUGGAGACCCGGAUUGACCGACAGCAGUUUGAAGAAACAGUUCGUACUCUAAAUAACCUUUAUGCAGAAGCAGAAAAGCUUGGGGGCCAAUCUUAUCUCGAAGGCUGUUUAGCUUGUUUGACAGCAUAUACUAUCUUUUUGUGCAUGGAAACACAUUAUGAGAAGAGUCCACAUAAGAAUGGGACUCUCUUCUGUCCACCGGCCAACUGCAGAGUAUCCCCUACCUCCUCUCCAAGCAUCAUUCCUUUGUAUCUGCUGCCAGAGCCACGGUGCCAUUCUACUCCAAGGACUAACUUUCUAAAAUUCCGCUCCUGGGGCGACAUCUAGUCGCUCAGCAUCCACUUUGUGUCUUUAAACUGUGUAGGACUCUGUAAUCUUUGUAGUUAUUUCUGAGAAAAUAUAAUGAAGCAUUUCACUUUUUAAAUUCAAAACAAUUUAAUAAAAUGAGCUGGGUAAAUGAGCCCAAUCCAAAAUCCAUUUCUCAUUUGCCACCACAACUAUUGUUUCCACUCAAUAGUUUUGCUGUCAUACCAGGUGUUUUUUUGAUUUCAUCAAGUCAUAUUGAGGUUGGUUUCAUUUCUCCUGAAUUGGAGAUUGCCUUUUCUUCAGGGCAUGGUUUCUGAUGAGGAGUAAAUGAUGCCUGUGGCCUGCUGAUACAUCUCCCAGACCUCAAGGAACUCACAGGAUUGCUAGAAGAUCUGUUUCUACUGUUAGUUUCUCAUACCGAAGAAGCUCAUUGGAAAGAUAAUGUAUAAUGCUAUUUGUUUUUAAUGUAGCACUUAUUACUAAAUGAACCAGUAUUUCAUGUGAUUUCCCGUUACCUUGAUUCUCAUCCGAGAAUUUUAUAUCAUUACUGCAUUGCCAUGAACAUUGGGAGGAUGUAGUAUGUGUUGUUUAUUUUAUUAAAACUAUGUAAGCACAAUAAAGUGGAUGCUAAACCAUCAAACCUAUAGACAUCCUUGCUCUGUCCCUUGAUGUGUAACAAGCAAGUGUAAUGAAUAUUUUCCUUAUGGCUUUAUUAUAAAUAUAACUUAUGGGGAAAAUAAUUUGGUAGGAAUACUACUGUAUGUGCUUAUUUUUAACUAUUUCCACUAGCAAGACUUAUGAAUCUUAAACCUUUCUUGAAUUCAGUAUUCAGGAUGCACAUAGAUCUUGUAAUUAGUUCAGGUAAAAUAACAUGAAUGUUUCCUGAGUAAAAUUCCCCAAAAUCUAAGUUAAUAUUUGUUUUCUACCUACUUUCUUCAUGACAGUGUUUCCCAAGACCUUGAAAUUAAGUUAAUCAUUAUGGCUUGAGAGCAUUGUUCUUUGGAAAGAGCUAAGGGAUUUACUAGAAAAGAAUGGAAGAAUUUAAAGUUCUACUUUCAGUGAUAUUGUAGGUGCUAAUACUGGAGCUAAUCUUCCAGAUUUAAUUUCUUUUAUGAAUUUGUUAGUCAUUCACCUAAAUCCCAGAGGCUUAAUAUUUUAAUUGUAUAAAACCCUUUUUGUUUUUCUAUAGCUUGUAACAGUAUGUUUGUCUGCCUUUCACACCCAUUGCAAUAACUUUGCCCAGAUAUUAAUGCAUUAGUAAAACUUUUCUUAAAUAAAUUGUCUCUGUUAUAUUUGCUUGAUA